AUGGCACCACAAAAGAGAAGCGCAGAAGAAGCAGACUCUUUGAUCACUGGAGUAAAAGCAUUACUGGUGGAUAUUGAGGGAACCACGACUUCAAUAUCGUUUGUAAAGGACAAAUUAUUUCCAUAUGUAAAAGAUAAUUGUGAAAAGUACAUUACUGCACAUUUUGAUGAUGCAGAAACACAAAAAGAUAUCACAGCUUUAAGAGAAUUGAAAGAUAAGGAAGAAGGUAAAGAAGGUGUAGUAGAAAUACCAGAUGCCACAGAUUCCAAUAAAGAUGAUGUUAUUAAAGCAGUCAUAGAUAAUAUUAAAUGGCAGAUGAGUUCUGAUAGAAAAUCUACAGAACUCAAACAGAUUCAGGGACAUAUUUGGAGAGAAGGUUACACAACUGGUGUCAUCAAAGGAGAAUUGUUUGAAGAUGUAUGUGAUGUAUUAAGACAACUUCAAGAAGAAGAAAUCAACAUCUAUGUGUAUUCAUCAGGAAGUGUUGAAAGUCAGAAAUUAUUUUUUGCUAAUACCAAUGAAGGAGAUAUGUCCGAUGUAUUUAAUGGUUAUUUUGACACUACAACUGGGGAUAAAAAAGAUAGUGCCAGUUAUAAAAAAAUAGCCUCAGAAAUUGGUGUUUCUGGUGAUGACAUUCUUUUCCUUACUGACUGUACAGAGGAAGCGACAGCAGCUGUGGCAGCAGGAUUAAGAAGUACAUUAGUUAUUCGACCAGGUAACAAAGAUCUCGAUGAGAAACAUUUACAAAAAUUCUCCUGUAUAGAAAAUUUUAGCGAGUUAUUUGGUGAUGAAGAUGAUGAGGAAGAUUUAAAAAGAUUAGCUACAGGAGAUAAUGGAGAUUUAGAUGAUGAUGAUGACGAUGAUGAAGUAGUUGAUGAAGAUGAUGAUGAUGGCGAAGACAGUGAAGGAGAUGAGGGUGUUUAA